GUUGCGUUUAAUAGCUCGAUACAAAUAGCUGGAAAUCAGACGAUGGCAAUUAAACUAAAAUCGACAACUUUAUCACAGAAUAGAAUGAGUGACAACGUGAAUUUAAAGCAAGUCUAAAUACCCAAACGAACCAAACCGAUAGCCACUGUAAGCUUUUACUGUGGAAGUUCGUUUUUUUUUUAACCCGGAAGAACAACAGUAGUUCCAGUUCACGGAGUGCAGUGAGUCGAAAGGUGAUGUUGAGGGUUGCCUUCAGACGCCUUUCGACCACUCCUGUCACAGGGCAAAGAAGCAUGUCUCAGAGUAGUCUUGCUGGGAAAGUGGCCAUCGUCACGGCCUCGACGGCUGGCAUCGGCUUAGCCGCUGCCUACGCCCUGGGCAAGAGGGGGGCCCACGUGGUGGUGAGCAGCAGGCGGCAGGCCGGCGUGGACAAAGCCGUGGCCCUGCUCAAGAGCCAGGACAUCCAGGUCACCGGCACAACGUGUAAUGUCGGCAACCAAGGCGACCGAGAAAGGCUGCUUCAGACGACUCUGGAUCAGUGCGGCGGCGUUGACAUCCUGGUGUCAAACGCGGCGGUGAACCCUUUCUUUGGAAACCUCAUGGACACCACGGAGGAAGUUUGGGACAAGGUGAUGUCCGUCAAUGUAAAAGCGGCCUUCCUCAUGACCAAGUUGGUGGUACCACAUAUAGCAAAGAGGGGAGGGGGAAAUGUCGUGUUCGUGUCGUCUGUGGCUGCCUACCAACCAAUGCAGGGCUUGGGUGCGUACAGCGUGAGUAAGACGGCCUUGGUGAGUCUGACCCGCGCGCUGGCCCCCGAGCUGGCGCAGAGCAACAUCAGGGUGAACUGCGUGGCCCCCGGCAUCAUCAAAACCCAUUUCAGCACCCCGUUGUGGCAAAAUGACGACAUCAUGGAUGACUUCAAAAAGCAGAUGUGCAUCAAAAGAGUUGGCGAAGCGGAUGAGAUCGGGGGAGUGGUGGCCUUUCUGUGCACAGAGGAGGCUUCGUACAUCACGGGUGAAACGAUCGCAGCGACUGGGGGGAUGGGUGGUCGACUGUAAUUCCUUGAGGAGCAAAACCAUCACUAAAUUACACCUUCCAGAUAUUGUUUCCUUGUUACAUUUGGAAUAGCCACUGUAGGACUGCAGAUAUCCUUUUUUU